AUGAGGAACCUUCAGAAGAAGACAGGAGACGUGGGCUGUGUAGUGUGGGAUGCAGCCAUUGCUCUUGCCAAGUAUUUAGAGACAAAACAGUUCAUUGAUUCAUCCACAGAGCUGAAUGCCUGGGCUGGAAAGAGGGUUGUGGAGUUGGGGGCAGGCACAGGAGUUGUGGGGUUAAUGGCUGCUACUCUGGGGGCUCAUGUUUAUGUGACAGACUUGGAAGAACUGGAGGCCUUGAUGAAUUUAAACAUUAAGGAAAAUCAAGGUCUUGUCAAUGAGGGAUCCAUAAAGGCAAAGGUAUUAAAAUGGGGCGAGGAUGUGUCUGACUUCAUGCCUCAUCCACAUUACAUACUCAUGGCAGACUGCAUCUAUUAUGAACAGGCUGUUGUCCCUUUAGUGGAAACACUGAAGCUGCUGGCUGGUCCAGAAACUUGUAUUAUUUGUUGUUAUGAACAACGAACAGAAGGCGUUAACCCCAAAGUAGAGAACAUCUUUUUUGAGUUGCUGGAGCAGAGCUUUUCUAUCAAGAAAAUACCUUUAGACCAACAAGACCCUGAUUAUAGCUGUACAGAAAUUCGAAUUUUGCAUAUCUGGAAAAAACUUUAA